CGCGUCUCCGGGGGGUUGCGGAUGGGGCCCCGGGUUGGGGGGUCUUGUUGGGGUCGUUUUCGCCUUGCGGCCGGCCCAGGGCCGGCGCAUGCUGGGCAAGAUGUGGGCCGCAGCCCUGGGCGCCGGGUUGUAUGCCCAUCCACCGCGGCGAUGGACUGCGCCCGGAAGAAUCAGGCGCAUCGGGCGAAGGCACCGGCCCGGGCUUAUAGUUUCGGAGUACGGGAAAGCGCAAAGGCUAGCCCCCCAGCCUUUUGCGCACUUCUUGCCGCGCUGCCGGCAUUGCGCGCCGGCGCAAUUGCGGCAGCCGAUGCGUCCGUAGGUACGUACUGCGCCGGCCGGCGGGCCCGCGGGCGGUUUCUCCGUAACUCCGCCCGCCCCGGCCGCUUUUCGCUGAUUUCACGCGCGCAGCCGACGUUGGGGGCCCCGGUUUGUAUUCUUCGCCCGCCCUCCGCCCAUUCGCUUUCUGUUCUUUGUCUGGGCGGUCCCGGUGGUGGAGCUCGCCGCCAUCAGAAUGCCGCGCGCGCCCCGCUGGCGCCGCGCCAAUCGGAGGCGCCGUUGCGCUUCAGAGGCCGCAUUGUUGGUUCCGCCGCCCGCUUGCAAUAUUAAUUCGGCCCUGGGGGCAGAUGCAGACGCGCGGUCGGCGUUCGCCGGGCUCGAGCGGUAUGUUUGUCAAUUUGAUAACUGUUUGAAACCUCC